UGACUGUCUUUCCGAUCGAAUUUUGAGCUAAAUUUUGGUGGAUACACUAGAUUGAUGAGUUACAUGUUCAAAAAAAUUCAUCAAAAAAUUCCACCGGAAACCGUCCCAAACGACAGUGUUUGGCCGCCAUUCGGACAGAGAAGUGCUAGACCUGAGCACUUUUCUCUCUGUCUAUAUAUAGAUAUAUAUGGGGCUGUGGAUGUUAGGGUAGCAGCAAUGUACGUACCAGCGUCGGGUGCUUAGAGAAACCUAAAUAAUGAAUUAAUUUGUUAUUCACUAGGCCGGGUGGUUUCAGAUGGGGGGUUGCAUAAGUAAACCGGUGAAUCCGGGGGUGGAUGAAGCCGAGGGCCAGCAGGGUCAGGCGCCGAUCUGUUUUUGCCCAUGGUUAAAGAAGCUGUCCCGAGCGCUGUUCCGCUACCUCCUCAUCCUUCUCUACGUGGGCAGCUGGGUCGGUGCUCUCGGCACCUUCUUCGCCCUACCCCCAUUUAAAAAUAUCUCUUCCCAAUCCCACCGAGGCAUGGUCGGACUUGUUUUCCUUGUGGUUUUUGUAGCACUAGAUGUGUUUUUCCGCAUCACCAUUUGCUGCCUAAGGGAACGGAAUGUGUUUGAGCAGCAGCACGGAAUGUGUGUAGAGAAAAAGGUACUAACAAUAAUGGAGAUAGGAAUGUUUAUAAUUUUGUUUUUUACGUUUAUCAAUGAGAAAAGUGAUGAGUAAGAGGGAGUAGAGAAUGAAUAUACUCCGAUCCGAGCUAACUGGCUCAAUACGCUACUGAUCAAAGGUCAGGUGUGGUCCACCGUGUGGAGAUCAGUGUUGAAUUGUACGUGGCAUGGGUACCGCCGGUGUUCCGAUCUAGCUUCCAGUCUUCAAGCUUUUCAACAUAUGUAUGUGUUUACGAUAAAAAAAACAUAUGUAUGUGUUUGCUCUUUUUCUAAUUUGCAACAUCAAAUUCAAGAUGUAUAUGUCUUGAUGAAUUCCAAUGCCACAAAAAUAUGAAAUAAUAUAUCUUUUGAUCAUAA